CGGGUGCGAAGGGAGAAGCGACAGACACUCUGACCCCGACAACGUCACUACCGGGGUCGUAGCAUCAGAUUACUUACUCGUCUACAAUGGUAAAAGCAGGUGUCCGCGAGGACAUUGUCCAGUCAGCAGUCCGGUUUCUCAGAGACCCAAAAGUUCAAGAGUCUCCCUUGGCGAAGCGAGUGUCGUUUCUCGAAACCAAAGGCUUGUCAGCAGACGAAAUCGAAGAGGCUUUGAGUCGGGCGUCCGCAAGCGGUCCUGCUGCAAGCGUAGGAGGUGCUGUGCAGCAAGUGCAGGGCCUGCCACCCCAAGCGACCGGGGCGUAUCAACAGUAUGCGCCGAUUCCGUAUCCACAAUAUCCACCUCCACCACCACCUGGAUACAAUUGGAAGGACUACACUUUGGGAGCCAUAGGGGCCGUCGGAGCAGGAUAUGGCCUUUGGACGCUUCUCAGGAAACACGUUAUCCCGCACCUUCAGUUCCCGACUCCCACCGCAAUGGAUGAUUCCAAUACCGAACUGUCAACGCAUCUGGCCAAUACCACAACGGUGAUGGAAUCAGUAAAGGCGGAAACAAUGGAGGUUAUGAAGGCGGUAGAUGCGCAGGGGUCCAAAGUGAAUGAGGCUCUGCAGGGGAUGGUCGCGACCCUCACGUUGCUACGAGAGAGCGACGAGAACAGGGACAGGGAGAUGCUGGAAUUGAAGCGGGAUGUCGAUGGAAUUAGAGAUUUGAUCCCAAAGAUGCUGGACAAGAGCAAAGAGUCCCAAACUGCCGUCAUAACGGACUUGCAGAACGAGAUAAAAUCACUCAAGUCGCUUCUCCUCAACCGUCGUGUGCCUAAUACGCCACCCGCAUCCAACACAUCAUCACCCAACCUAGCGAACGACGCUGUAGCCUCUCCCACCCCGGCACAUUCGCAAUCACCGUCACAACCGUCGCAGAACGGCUCACAAAAGCCCGAUCAGCCAACCGUUCAAUUCCCUACACCAGCAGCAGAGAUCAACAGUUCCGUGCGGACCUCCUUCCCCAACAUUCCGCGCACCCCUACCAUCCCGGCAUGGCAGCUGGCGGGAACGGGAAGCAGCACCAGCACUUUUGAUGCGAAACCGGUGAACGGUAGUAGUGCAAAAGAUGCAAAUGUGGAGAGCGCGGAUCGGGAAACGCCAGCUUCUGCGUCCACAUCAAGCGAUGACAAAUAUACCUAGUGUAGCAGAUGAUGGGCUUGGGCUCUGCUCGAAAUCUCGUACAUUAGAACCACGUUCAUAUAGCACCUAGUUGUAUAGAGCCCUGAGAUAUGUAAGAGCCCAUCCAAGGUACCGAUGGAGAGAUGGUUCUGCAGUGUGCGGAAAUCCUACGUAUGACCUGGAGCUGUCUGAAGUUCUGUUGAACCCGUCGGUGCUGCUCUGCUGUUUGGGUCCGUUUGGCGAGAUCGUCCUCACGCGAAGU